CAACAUGUGAUAACUUUUAGUGCUUAUUAAGAUUUUGUUGGUAUAAUGUUUAUACUACGCCCACUUAAAAACGCGUUACACGAUAAUAAACACAUUUUCCUCCAGAAGCACACUAUAUUGUUAAGAUGGUUUAUACCGCAAUGUUAAGUCAAAUCAAGGUUGUUAGUUCCGCAACAACUAUUCAUACUAUCUCUUGUAGGAGUAACCUAACUUGACCUAAUUGUUUUUAUCAAUUAACGUUUUUAUCAAGUAACAUAUUAUUAUGGAAAAUACUUUUUUUCGUUAUUGCGUCAGUUUUGUAUAUUUUAAAAGGUCUGGUGUGCUAGUGGGGUAAUACUAAGAUAUUUCUGCAGUGAUGCUGUGCUCUGUGCUCUAAUAGUUAAAAUGAUCUUUCUAUAGAGAAAGACGUCGUAGUAGUUUCCAGUCUCAGGAACUGUUUGAUUAGUACAGACUGUUAGUGUUCAAGGAUUUGUUUAUAUUAGGUGUUCAACUUGCAUCCGGAUACAAACAAAUGACAUCUCGAAUGGUUGUAAAACGGACAAGACGGAUCUCCUCCCAGAAUGAUGAAAUUUUACUUCAAGUACAGACGAAGAUGGAUGACAUUCCUGAUAUAUUUUACCUUAGCGGUGAUUACAAUCGUCCUAAUUCAUAGCCUCAUAACCGAAAAAAACACCAUACAAUGUUACCGCAUAAAGACUGAAAAAUCUCUUCCUAGCAUAGCAAAUUUCAACCCGCAACCGGGGAAAUCGAUAUUUUUUCAUGAGACUUCUUGUCGAUCGUUUUACAGAGGAAAGAUCUGGAUAAGCUCGAGGCAAGCUUGCGCUGUGGAGAGUGUGGCAAAGUUAAAUCCCAAUAAAGAGGUUUAUCUGCUCUAUACGUCACCUAUGGAUUUUAAGUUUGAAGGAGAUGAAUCUGAUAGGUUUUUGAAGGUGAUUUUGAGUUACCCCAAUGUGAAAAUUUUGCAUUUAGAUUAUGAGAAUUAUACCAGAGGAUCUCCAGUGGAAGACCUUUACAGAUCUGGAAAAAUUGAAAGUUCUCGGCAUGUGGUGGCGCAUGCUAGUGAUGUAUUACGAUACCUAACUCUCUGGAAAUAUGGGGGAUUAUACAUGGAUUUGGAUGUCAUUGCUCUUAAACCGGUGGACGAUCUAGAAGAUAACUAUGCUGGCAUAGAAUCUAGCUCUGUUGUAGCAUCAGGAGUUUUAAAUUUCGACGCGGCUGGAGAGGGACACAAACUCGUAGAGCGAUGUUUGAUGGACCUCAAAGAAAAUUUUGAUGGCCAUGUGUGGUCGAAGAAUGGACCUGGAGUUAUAACCAGGUUACUGGAAUCUCUAUGCAAGGCAAAUAAAACAGAAGAUAUGCUAAAUAACGAUUGCGAGGGAUUUACCCCCUACCCUUCGCACACUUUUUACCCAGUGCCUUGGCAAAAAUGGAAGAUGUACUUCGAAGAAGAAUCCUUUGAAGCUGUAAUGAACAUGACGCAAAAUAGCUUCGCUAUUCACGCGUGGAACAAACUCAGUGAAGAAACCAAAAUACCUCUAACGGCAAAUGUACCUUAUUUAUAUUUUGCUAAAAAGUUUUGUCCUAAAGUUGUUGAUGCUUGUGAUGAAGUAUUUUAAGGCUGUUAUAUAUGUGGAAACUAUUUAUUUUGAAAACAGAUUUUAUAUAA